AUGUCACUAAGCACACAGCCCAAGAACUCAAACGCCGAGCUAACCCCCGAACCAGUCCCCAUCAAGCGAUGGAGCGGACGCAGCGGAAAGCUUCGCAACGCCAAGAAGAGGUAUGCGAGAGAACUUCCCACUUUGGCACCGGAGUACAGGGAGCUUGGUAGAGAUGCGGAUAGAGCUACGGACAAGACUAUGACCCAGAAAAGAAGAGCCGACCGAAAGAACAAGAAACUCGCGGAAUCGCUUUCGGAUCUUAGCAUGUAG